AGAGUCAAAGAGUGUAGAAGAAGACUGAUGAGUCUGAAACCUAACAUCCAAUUUAGGGUUUUGCAAUUACCUGGAUCUUCUUAUACUUGUUUAAAGAUAACUACAAUUUUACUUUAAUUUACUUUAAUCGAAGAUCUUCAGGGGAUUAUUAUUGAUUCAUAAGUUUAUUAGUACCAUUAAGUAUUUAGUAGAGGAAUGGUGAUUAGGGGGGCUAAUCAAGAAAAUGGGGGAAAACAAGAGAGUCUUACAAAAGGAGGGUGUUCAUUUGUAUCUGGUGGUGCUGCUGCUGCUGCUGGUGGGCAAUCAAUAUCAACAAGUGGAAGUGUGGGUUCUCCAUCUAGUAAAAUCGAACAUCAUCCAAUGUUGUCUACACCAGCAAGUAAAACCUUGAAUAGGUUAAAUCAUCUUGAUAUUCAAGCUAAUGAUGCGGGUUCUCCAGGCGCUGUUUCGGGGAAGAAGAAAAAGAGAGCGCAAACACGGGCAGUAGGAGGUGAUAAGGCUGGUAGAGGACUGCGUCAAUUUAGCAUGAAAGUGUGCGAAAAAGUGGAAAGCAAAGGUAGAACUACUUAUAAUGAGGUUGCGGAUGAGCUUGUAGCUGAAUUUUCAAAUCCUAGCAGCAGUUCAACAACCCCUGACCAGCAACAAUAUGAUGAGAAAAAUAUACGACGGAGAGUGUAUGAUGCUCUGAAUGUUCUCAUGGCAAUGGAUAUCAUAUCUAAGGAUAAAAACAGAGAGAUACAAUGGAGGGGCCUGCCUCGCACUGGCCCAAAUGAUGUUGAAGAGCUUAAGGCUGAACGCCUUGGCCUAAGAAACAGAAACUCAAAGAAGGCUGCAUAUUUGCUAGAACUAGAGGAGCAAUUUGUAGGUCUUCAGAACCUGAUUCAACGGAAUGAGCAGUUAUAUUGUUCAGGGAAUGCACCUUCAGGAGGUGUGCCCUUACCUUUUAUUUUGGUCCAGACACGUCCACAUGCAACUGUUGAGGUGGAGAUAUCAGAGGACAUGCAGUUGGUUCAUUUCGAUUUCAAUACCACUCCUUUUGAGCUACAUGACGAUAAUUAUGUUCUUAAAUCGAUGAGAUUCUGUGACAGUUCUCUGAAGAACGAUAUUGGUACUCAAGAAUCUGCUACAAACGGAGGUGAAGGUUCCAAUAUUGGCAUGUAUCAACCUCCAGCCCCUCAUCCUAUGAAGUCAAACGCCACAGGUAGACAGCCAACUUCACCCCCUUACCCAGGAAUACUAAAAAACCAUGCCAAGCAUGAACAGGUGUAAUUUCCAGCAAGCACUGUCAUCUUGGUAUUGGUGGCAGACUGGCAGUAGUAUUUUCUCUAGCCAUUUUGUGCACUGUGUAAAGUAAUUUGGCGAAAAGGGGUGAUGAAAUGCUACUGGUUACCUCUCUCUCUCUCACUCUCAUAGACAGCUAAGCGGUUGGCAGAGUUGGGGUAAAUGGGCAAAACCAUGGCAUUUUUUCAAUAUUUUGAACAAUUUUUUGAUCAAGGUGAUCUUUGUUUUGGGCCUUUUGGCGGUCGGUAAUUCCUUUUGCGUCACUUUUGGAUCAUAAUCUUGUUUUCCCUUUUCCUAAUGUAAUAUUACUGCUACUGCAAAUGUAGAGGGACAUGCUAUAACUUUGACAUUUGCUUCAACUGUUUUCUGUACCAUCCAACAUUUUGGCUA